AUGGAAGAUAUGACUAAAAUUUUAAAGUCAAUUCAAAUUGAUUUAGCGGAACAAAAGACAGAAAUGAAAGAAAUGGAAGCGAAUAUUACUAAAAACAUAACAAAGGCUAUCAACGAUAAUUUUAAAACAAUUGAAUUGAAAUAUAAUCAGUUAAAUAAGCAAUUACAAAUUCAAGAAAAUAUUUUAGAUCGUAUAGAAAGGCACAACAGAAAGAAAAAUUUGGUUUUUUUCGGCAUUGAAGAAGGAGAGAAAACUUAUCAAGAGCUAGAAAGUAAAAUCCUAUAUAUAAUAAGCAACAUGAAUAUACAUUGCGAACGAAAUGAAAUUGAAUCUGUGAAGCGACUUGGAAGGAAAAGUGAAAAACCAAGACCAAUAACAGUGACGUUUACUACUAUGGGGAAAAAAAUUACUCUACUACAAAAUAAGAAAAACAUGGAAAAUAGCUCCAUAUAUUUUAAAGAAGACUAUCCACCCAAAGUUUUGGAGAAAAGGAAACAAUUACAAAGUGAAAUAUUAAAAUAUAAAGCAGAAGGUAAAAAAGCUAUAAUUAAAUAUGAUAAACUCAUAGUAUUACACCAAUACAAACCAAAUGAUAAUCAACAACCAUCGAAAAAGAGGAACCUACAUAAUAUCUCUCCAAACCAUAAUAACAAUAAUAAUAUGAACCAAGUGUCGAAGAAGAACAAAACGGAAAUUACAGCAUUUAUGCAACCAAAAAAAAGUUUCGAAAAAAAUCAAAACUCUAUGAACAUUAACAAUCGAAAUUCUACAUCAAGCACUUAG